AACUUGAACCGGUAUUUCCCUAUAGGGACGUAACCAUAAAACGUGGCGUCGAUGCAAAUGAAUUAUACGAAAUACUCGGCGAAGUAGGCAGAGGUAAAUUCGGCACGGUCUACAAAUGCCAAGAGAAGGAGAAUGGUCUGAAGUUGGCCGCCAAAUUUGUGCCCAUCCCCAAGCGUGAAGACCGUCGCAAUGUGGAGCGUGAGGUGGAGAUUAUGAACUCACUGCAACAUCAUCUCAUUAUACAGUUAUACGCAGCGUAUGAGCAUCAGAAAAUGAUGUGCGUCGUGCUGGAGUUAGUCGAAGGCGGUGAACUUUUCGACCGUGUGGUGGACGAUGAAUUUGUGCUGACCGAGCGUGUUUGUGUGGUUUUCAUACGACAAGUUUGCGAGGCCAUGGAAUUCAUACAUCGCAAUAAUAUCUUACAUCUCGACUUGAAGCCAGAGAAUAUUUUGUGCCUGACACAAGAGGGAAAUCGCAUCAAGAUCAUUGACUUCGGUUUGGCGCGUAAAUAUGAUCCCAACAAGCGAUUGCAGAUUCUCUUUGGUACACCCGAAUUUGUCGCGCCCGAGGUUGUGAAUUUCGAUUGUAUUUCUUAUGCGACGGAUAUGUGGAGUGUCGGUGUGAUUUGCUAUGUGCUCAUUUCCGGCCUCUCACCGUUUAUGGGUGAAACAGAUAUUGAAACGAUGGCUAACGUGACAAUCGCCAAAUACGACUUUGAGGAUGAGUCAUUCAGUAAUGUGUCACCAGAAUGUUUGGAUUUUAUAGGGAAGCUGCUGGUGAAGGAUUUGCAGACCCGCAUGACAGCCGCGCAAUGCCUGGAACACAAAUGGCUGCAGCGGCGGCCCAAACCGCCGAAAAUACUCGCGCCAAAGCCCUCGAAUGUACCGCCAYCAAAAUUAAAAGCGGCCACACCUUCACCAGUGCCACCGCAAGAGGAAGAAAACGUAGAAGAUCUGACGUGCGAGCCAGAGCCAGAGCCAGCCGCAAAAUUGGAAGGUGGAAAAGCGGAGAAAGAAGCAAUUGUAAUACCAGCUGACACGAACACGGCGGAGACCAAAGAGCUCGAUACCACCAAGGACAAUUUAAAGAAUUUCAUCGAACGUUGGGAGGAACAUCCCAACAGCCCGUACGUGUUCGAUGUGGAGAGCAAUGUGAUUGCGCCGCUCAGCGAGACAUCAUUCAAUAAGACACACGGGCGAGAUAGCAUUUCGUCGUCACGAGUUUGCUCACCAUCGCCGUGCGAGUCUAUCGAGACGAUCAUCGAUGAUGAUGUGUUCAGCAAUGCCGAGCAGGACAAUGACAGUCCGAGCACACUAGCCACACCGAUCAAUGAGUCGCGCGAGAAACUCUUCCCCAGCAGCAUCUCGUUAGCGCCCACUUCAGGCGGUGCUACAUGCACACCGACCAGCACUACGCCCACACCACAGCCGCCACUGCAAUAUGGACCGCAGCAUCUACUCGGACGGCGCGGUUUCGGUGAAGAGUUCGGCGGUAGCGGUACAAAUCUCAAUCAACAGGAACGCAGCAUGAAGAGCUAUCUACAUACCUUCGAUCGACGCAAUUCGGAUACAAGUUAUUUGAUCGGACGACGCCCUUCGGGUGAACGCGUCAAUUUGGCCGAUGAAAUACGAAAAUUGUCCGAUCAUUUGCUUAUGUUAGCGGAAAUCAACACAAAACUCGGCAGUGAGACCAAGUUAGACGCGGAUGCGAAUAAUAACAAGCACAGUAAGGCGAAAGCCAACGGCGAGACGACUAAAGUAAAAGCGAACGCAGCAUCUAAGGAGGCUACGUCCAAAAAGACAGCGACCACUAGCAAAAAUAAAGUAGCAAAAACCGAAAGCAGUGAGUACACGAGGGUAUCAAGCAACACAGCCACAACAAACACUUCGAAUACAACAACAAGCUACAGUAGUAGUGUAACAAGUGCAAAUGGCGUGAAAUCGAAAUUCAGCACAGUCUCCAUGCGUCUACAGCAAUCGAUCGAGGAGACACCAAAACUAACUAAUGGCGGUCCAAGCUUCGGUGUACCCUGGAAAUCCAGCAUAAAUAGCACAAGCAACAAAUCAAGCGCCAAAAGCACAACAUCAACAGUGAAGACAAGGAAAACAGUGACGAUGGCCAGCAACGAGGAGUGCUCAUUGCAACGUCAGACUCACGAAUCGGCGAGUGUACGACGUGCCAAAUUUCGCAUCAAUCAAAUGUCACGCGAUGUACCGAUCGGUGUGCCGAAUAUUCAUCAGGCGGUUAAUCUUGAAGAGGCGGCCAAUACCACCAAGGACUGUCUUUUGCAUCUGCUGGAGAAGUACAACGAGAACGAGUCGAAUAAGUGUCGCAAUCCGAUGACGCGUCAUCAGAGCAUUAGUGUCGAUUGGAAUGUGAGCGAUAAUUUGGAAUACCGUUCCAUGAGCUCAAUUAAUGCGUUCUUCCAGCGACAUAACAAUACCGGCGAGCAUGUACGCCAGCUACAGGCCCAAUUGGAGAACAAAACCGGUUCGAUGGCCAGCGGCAAAUUUUCUGGUGGUGCUUAAGUUACCCAACGACGUCGAUAACUCGUACAGUAUGGCCUGUAGCUAAAUCUAGUCCGCAAUAUGUUCGCUCUUUACUUUAAAGAUAUACAGAGAUUAAUUGAAACAUGACUUUGUUUCGUUAAGCUAAAGAUUAAUUUUUGAAGCAAUGU